CAUGGCUACGGUAGAUUUUGGAGACUCUGAACUCUUCGAGCAGUUUGAAGAGAAAGUGCCAGUCGCCAAACACAUUCGUAUGACACAUGACGAAGAAGAGGGUUCAGAUCAACUUCGGGAGCUUCGACAGUCAUUAGAAGAGUGCGAAGAAAGAAUACAACGUCUGAACGCAGAAAAUGAGGAACUGAAGAGAAAGUUAAACGUAUUAAGUCGUCCUUCGAGUAUAAAAAUCGAAAAUUCCAAAACCGAUGGGCCACUAUGCCAUAUCCUUUUUGGAAACAAUAGCAUUUCCAAGCAAUAUCGACAAGAGAUUGAAGACUUCGUCUUCCAUCUUGUCCAGAAACACCUACAUGAGCACAACAAUGAUCCAGAUGGCUCUGCUCUUCAUGUCAACCCACAUUAUUCAAGUUUUGUCAUCGAGGAGAGCUACAAAAUCAAGACUUCCUCUACCUCCAAACAUAUCAAAGAUGCUUUCAGUAUGAUAGGGAGUGUUUUGUACUUCACCAACUUCUGUGUUGACAAACUUGGCCAACCACUGUUGAAUGAAAACCCCCAACAGACUGAG